CCCUAAUGAUGCCACCCGUCUCCGCAUCACCUCGGAUCGGCUAGAUGUCCGUCCAUGUACUACGUCCUAGCAGCAAAUAAGACAUCCAAUGCAGUGGCGAUUACAGCGGAGACGAUGGCGAAUCAGUCAAUAUCUCUGCCCCUGCCCGGCAUUCUACCGACUACGAUCAGCAUGACAAUGUAUCUCACGCGAUGAGAAUACAUGAUGGCGAUAUGUGGGGUCUCUUUGCUGAGGGGUCUGCGUCAGAUAAGAAGAGGGGAAGGAAGGCCCAGACGAGACGAGAUUCAAGGAUUGAGCUUUGAAUCCGAAAUUGAAUCGACAUGGGCGAUAGUACCGCACCCUCCGGCCAAGAUGGCCCUGGCAAGAAGCAAAUCCUCCUGAAUGCGUUUGACAUGUCGACCGUGGGGCAUCUGUCGCCUGGGCAGUGGAAGAAUCCGGUCGAUAAAUCGGCCACGAAACGCAAGCUAGAGUACUGGAUUGAGCUGGCCAAGCUGCUUGAGCGCGGCGGCAUCAAUGCCCUCUUCCUGGCGGAUACGUACGGUGGGUAUGAUACCUACGAAGGGAAGCUGGACGAGUGCAUUCGACGAGCGGCCCAGUGGCCUGUCACGGAUCCGACUAUUCCCAUCUCGGCCAUGGCGGCCGUGACGAAGAAUCUGGCCUUCGGCAUCACGGCCUCGACGUCCUUCGAGCCGCCGUUUCUGCUGGCGAAACGCUUCUCCACGCUCGAUCAUCUGACGGAUGGUCGCAUCGGGUGGAAUAUCGUCACCUCGUGGAAGAAGGCCGCCUUCAAGGCUAUCGGGCUGGACACGCCGAUCGAGCACGACGAGCGAUAUCGUCAGGCGGAUGAAUACCUGCGAGUGCUGUACAAACUCUGGGAAGGAUCCUGGGCCCCCGACGCCCUCAACCCCAACCCCGAAACAGACACCUACGUGGACCCCGACAAGGUGCGCCAGAUCAACCACAAGGGCCAAUACUUCUCGCUGAACACGCGGCACAUCGUCGACCCGUCGCCCCAGCGCACGCCGUUCCUGUUCCAAGCGGGCACCUCGGCCGCCGGGUCGGCCUUCGCGGCGAACCACGCCGAAGCCAUCUUCGUGUCGAGCCACUCCGCCAGCGUGCUGCGGCCGAAGAUCGACAACAUCCGGCAGCUGGCGGCGUCUCAGGGCCGCGACCCCCGCUCGAUCAAGUUCUUCGCGACGUUCACGCCCAUCAUCGGGCGUACGGACGAAGAGGCGCAGGCCAAGUACGAAGAGCUGAAGAAGCACGCCUCCGUCGUCGGCGGCCUGGUCCUGUUCAGCGGCUGGACGGGCAUCGAUAUCUCGCGCAUCCCGCUGGACCAGGACAUCACGGCGGCGGACUCGCUGGAGGCGCACAAGGUCACCAGCGUGCUGGACGCGUUCACGACGACCAGCGAGGACGUGCCGCGGUGGACGCCGCGCGUGGUGGCCGAGAAGGCGGCGAUCGGCGGCCUGGGGCCCGUUGCGAUUGGGAGCCCGGCGCGCGUGGCGGACGAGCUGGAGCGGUGGAUCCGCGAGGCCGACGUCGACGGGUUCAACUUGGGGUAUGUCACGACGCCGGGGACGUUCGAGGAGGUGGUGGAUCUGCUGAUCCCGGAGCUGCGGCGGCGAGGCGUGUAUCCUGCGGCGGAGGAGCAGGAGGACGGGCUGACGGCGCGCGAGAAGGUCUAUGGCAAGGGACAGAGGGAGUUGCGGGCGGACCAUCCGGGCAGCGGAUAUAAAUAUGAGGUUUAUGAGGAGGAGGCACCCCACCACAACGCCUUUGCCUUGCGGUCCCGUCGUGGACUUGCCGGGUUCUUCUCCCCUCCCCCUUGGCUGGCGAUUCGAUCGGCUCCCUUCGCUCUGCUCAGUCUAGACCGGUCGCUGCUGCAGAAGGCCCCAUCUCGUGACUCGACCGAACAUUCUUCGCGCUAG